GAGAAGACGAAGGGUGAACGUGAACGAUCAUCGCUCUGGCAGUGCCACUCUCCCACCCUCCCCUCGCACCCUGACAUGCGAUGAGGCGAUGAGGCGAGGAGGAGCUCAGGAUCAGCCCCCACUCACAUGGAACACUCUGCCACGCUCCUAACCUUGCACUGCACACUCACCCUCUGCCACUGACUUCACUUGACGCCACCACUAAACCGACGGGAAAACCUCGCACGCGGCCGCACCACAGCUGAACGCCGUGGCAUGUAAAUACGGGCCUCCCCUCGGCCGCGGCCGCACCCAAGCACUCCAGAGACGCCCACCACCACUACCACCCUCGCAUCCCAAUGCCCAGCGCCAGCGCGCCAACCCAAGCACCGUAGCCCGCUCAUCUCAUGUCGGCCAACACCGUAGCCAAGCCGGCCCCCAUGUCCGCCGCCUCUGACCCCUCGCCCUCCUCCUCCGCCACCGCGUCCCCGCUCGCGCUCCUCCGCCCGCACCAGCACCUGCAACCUCACCUGACGCCGCCCUCCGCGCCAGCGCCGCCGCCGCCGUCCCCGGCGUCGGCUCCGCGGGACUACCGCAAGGGCAACUGGACCCUCCACGAGACGCUCAUCCUCAUCACCGCUAAGAGGUUGGAUGACGACCGCCGGGCUGGUGGGGGAGGAGGGGUGGCCGCGGCGGCCGGCCCGGGGUCGCCGACGACGCCGCGGUCGGCGGAGCAGCGGUGGAAGUGGGUGGAGAACUACUGCUGGAACCACGGCUGCCUCCGAAGCCAGAACCAGUGCAACGACAAGUGGGACAACCUCCUCCGCGACUACAAGAAGGUCCGCGACUACGAGUCCCGCGUCACCGCCACCGCCGCCAGCAGCGGCGGCGCUGGGGCCCUCCCGUCCUACUGGACCAUGGAGCGGCACGAGCGGAAGGACCGAAACCUCCCCACCAACCUCGCGCCCGAGGUGUUCGACGCGCUCACGGACGUGCUCUCCCGCCGCGCCGCGCGCCGCGGGGGCGCGGCGAUCGCGGUCGCCCCGCCACCCCCGCUCGCGCUGCCGCCGCCACCUCCUCCACCACCACUGCCUUCCCCGCCGAAGCCUCUCCUCGCGCAGCCCCGUCCUCCUCCGCCGCCUCCUCUGCCAUUUCCGGCCGCGAUGGCGCCGCCGGCGACGUCGGUUUCCGCUGAGGAGCUGUCUGGCUCGUCGGAGUCCGGGGACGACGGGGGGUCGGAUGGCGAGCCGGAGCCGAAGCGCCGGCGUCUCAACCGGCUAGGGUCGAGCGUGGUUCGCAGCGCCACCGUGUUGGCCCGCACCAUGGUGGCGUGCGAGGAGAAGAGGGAGCGGAGGCAUCGGGAGCUCCUGGACCUGGAGGAGCGCCGGCUGCGGCUGGAGGAAGAGCGCACCGAGGUGCGGCGCCAGGGCUUCGCGGGGCUCAUCUCGGCCGUGAACAGCCUCUCGAGCGCCAUCCACGCGCUCGUCUCCGAUCACCGGAGCGGCGACUCCUCCCGGUGAUCAUCUGUCGUUUGGACAAAUUAAGCCGGAGCUCGAUGGCCGGUCAAGGCUAAAAACUCGAAGACGACGCGCAUUGACCCGUCUGCCCAGCCUAGCUAGCAUCUGCAAUCCGGCUCCAGGGACCUCGAUGUAAAUAAGGUGAUUAAUUGUUGGGGAUCGGGUUUGGAGGCUGUGACUAGAAAUUUUUUGGUGGUGUGGUGCAUCGCAUGCAUCAUCGCGGAUGCAUCAUGCAUGUUCUAGGAGGUAUUUUGGUUUUGUCCUGUGCUUUUUUGUGCACUUACUGAGAGCAAGCAGCAGUGAACAUUGUUGCUGCUGUUGUUGUUGUGGG